AUGGCUGCCAAGACUACCAGAGGCUUUCCCUCCCAUGAGCAUGAGGAUACACCAAAGGCUUCUCUAAGUGAUAUCUCUUCAGGAUCACGAACACUCGCUUUCGUCCAUUCCAAGCUCGGUCGCCUGGAAGGUCUUCAUUUCCUGCCCACCGUCGCUCAGUUCCGCGCGAUCCCAUUUGCUACGGUCCCAGGGCGGUUCAGACAAAGCGUAUUACUUACAGAUUUGUCUUCCACGGACAGGAAAUUCACUCAAACAGGCUACGCUUGCCCUCAGCAGGAUGAGUCCGAUGCACCUGGAGGAGGCCCACUGUCAGGAGAUGUUCGGCCGAUACUCAUGGAUGAGCACAAAUGCCUUAUCGUCCAAGUCUCAGCGCCGACUGAAGCACUAUCUAAUACAGCUCCGGGAGCACCAAAACUGCCGGUCUUGGUCUAUAUUCACGGUGGAGGCUUUCAUAGUGGGAAGACGGAUCAGCAGCAUAGUACUUUCGCAUUCAGAUACCGUUUGGGAGCGCUUGGCUUCCUCACCUCCGCUGAUCUGUCAGCUGACGCUGCAUCUCACAACGAGCCGCCUGGAAACUUCGCGCUGUUCGACCAACGAAAUGGCCUAUUGUGGGUGCAGAGGUUCAUCUCCGGGUUUGGUGGCGACCCAGGGAAUGUCACGGUCAUGGGGGAGAGCGCAGGAUCAGUCUCUAUCCACACCCAUAUGAUCUCCACAACUCCGAGUCUAUUCAAACGUGCCGCGCUGAUGUCCGGAUCUCUCUCGCCUAUGCUCAGUGCUGCACCCUUCGAUCACCACGAAAAGACGUAUCAAACACUGCUCGCGACUCUAAGCAUCUCGUCAACUGACCCAAACCGACUAGCUAAACUGCGUGCAGUCCCGGCCGCUGAACUCGUGACAGCUAGUACAGAAUUAAGGGACUCAGGCACCGCGUGGCUCCCCCUCGCGCACGAAAGCUUCUUCCCAGUCCUCCCAACCUGGCGCAAUAUCAGCGAACUAACGACACGCUGUGACUGGGUUGAGAGCAUCAUGAUAGGCACGACGGGCUUCGAGGGCUACAUGUUCCUCCCCCUCGCCUCGGCCAUCACCCCGUCCAGCCUCUCCGCCCUCCUCACCCGCCAAUUCGGUCCCCUAAACGCCGCAAAACUCCUCGCCGCCUACGACAUCACCCCGGACAUCGACGCAAACCUCUUCAUCACCCGCGCGAUGGAGUUCGUCGGCGAGCUGAUCUUCGACGUCCCAACGCACCAUCUCGCCCGCCACCUCCCCCACCACCGCACCCACCGCUACGUCUUCGACGUCCCCAACCCCUUCCCCGGCACCGCCUUCCACGGCACCGCCCACCACUGGGUCGACAUGUACUCCGUCUUCGCGACCUUCCUCGCGCGCCUGCCCACCACCCGUCUCAGAAACAUCUCUACCCACCACGCCCGGCUGUGGACGGCGUUCGCGAACGGGGAGGAGCCGUGGACGGCGUAUGUUAGCCGCGAGAGGGGGGGCGAGGAGGUUGUGAUGGUGGCGAGUGGGGAGGCGGGGUGGGUGGAGCGGACGAGGGGGGCGGAUGAGGAGGUGGCGGGGAGGAGGUAUGCGCGGUGGGAGGCUGUGAGGGGGGUUUGGGAGGCGGGGUGGGGGAGCGGGUGGGUGGAGCCGUUGGGGGGGUUGGUGGGGGGGGGGAGCGGGGAGGGGAGGGUGUAUUAGGGGAAGAGCGACGCAGGGGGUGCUAGAGGGUGUUUUGAGGAAGGUGGAGAUGGAGUAGCUGGGCACGCGGGGCAUGGUAAAGGUGGCACACUAAUUCUAGAACAAGCCGCGGUGGGUGUACACCUGUCUGCCACUGCUUGGGUUGCUUUAAUGUCUUUUCGGAAAUUUAAAGAAGAUAGAUGCUCUUCGUCUUGAGCUAUGUGGAAAUUUGUUGAAGCACUCCAUGCAGUGGCAGACAGCUGUAUGUACGGGCAGAGUACUUGAUGAGUGUGCCACUUUUUUCGUGCCUCGCGUGGCGGGUUGUGGUGGAGGAGUGGUGGUAUAUCCGUGCACCGUACGCUUCCAAAAACCGCGUAGUGACUACGCUAGCCAGUCUUCUGAAUAUCACUUGAUAACCGUCUGAGGUGGCCAAGUGAGUUUUUCAAGCCGUUCAAAUAAAUGGACUUCAGAGUUGUAGAAAA